GUAAGGACUACGGUAGCCCGUAGGUCGGAAACCUUUCCAUUAAUUUUUAAUUUACUUCCUAAUUCUAAGCCUUGACCACCUCGGCGACCAACAAGCUUUACCUCCUCAAUCAUUGUCAUUCAUCUUCACUAAUUGGACUCGCCCGCCACAAACGGGUUGUGCAGCCAUGCGGCCGCCAUCAAGGAUCCAUUGCGUCAUCCCACAUUAUUCCUCAAAUACACCCGCUCCAUCCAUCACGACGCUCGUUGCACACCCUCCCCAUUCAACCUUCUCAGCUUCUACCUCUCUACUUCAACAUCAUAUCCAAACCCGUCAACUGCACCACCUAGCUCCUUCCACUCGGACUAGCUACCACGCACGAAAGAUCCUCAAACCCUCCACACCUACAUUCCGCAUCUCCCCCGCAGCUCAAAGCUCCCAGUCACCCGCGACAGCUCUUACCCAAACGACACCCUUCUCCACAACCUCCAUCACCAUGUCCUCCGACGAUGCCUACAUGUCCUUCCUAGACAAGGCCAACGCAGAUCUUAAUGCCGGCCGCCCUCAACAGCAAGGGGCCAGCGAGACCGCUCGGACCGAAACCGUAGACGCCAACACCGAUGUCCCCGCGGCACUGCAGUCGGUCGAUGCCUAUUAUGUUUCGGAUGCCGAUGAGCCCUUCGAGCCCGUUGCCCUGCGGUGGGAGGGCGCGUCGAAGGGAGAUUGGCCUAGCGCAGAUCAAUUCUCCCGCCUCAUCUCCCCCUCUGCCGAUCUCUCCCAGGCCAUCUCUACCCUGAGCCCUUCCUCCUUCGACCCGAAGAACCAGUACGCCUCCGUCCUGCGCGCCGUGCGCUCGGCAGCCGUUGAAAAGGCCUCCGAUGCGGACCAGUCUGACGUCGAGGUCAAGGUCUACAGGGUGGAGCUGACUAGCACGAAAUUGGAGUACUGGGUGUUGGCACUGGAUGUGCCCGGUAGCCGGGUUGUUGGCCUGCGAGCCAAGUCGUUUGAGUCCUAGAGCGAAUCCUAGCUUCUCCCGUUGUGGGACGGGUUUGCUGUCGAUAGAUACUAUAUGAUGAGUGAUGCGUGAUGGAUAUGCACUGCUAUCUAGCAGAAUUAUUGUGCAUUUGAUCAGUCCUUACAUUUGCAUAGGGAUGUAUUUACUGUAUUGGCUAAGAUAUGUUGAAUUAUAUACGACUAUACUGUUUGCAGAG